AUGGAUGAAAUCGCACCAGAAUACGACGUUGUAGUGCUUGGAACAGGCUUGACCGAGUGUGUCUUGUCUGGUGUGCUGAGUGUCAAGGGCAAGAAAGUCUUACACAUUGACCGCAACGACCACUAUGGAGGUGAAUCAGCAUCUCUAAACAUCGAAGCUCUUUUCAAGAAAUAUGGCAACCAAGGCCAGGGCAGCGAGCCAUGGAAGAAGUACGGCAGAGUCAACGACUGGAACGUCGACCUAGUACCCAAACUGCUUAUGGCCAACGGCGAGUUGACCAACAUCCUUGUUUCGACCGAUGUCACCCGCUACCUCGAAUUCAGACAGAUUGCAGGCUCCUUUGUACAGCAAGGCACAGGCUCCAGAGCAACAGUUGCGAAAGUUCCUUCCUCUGCGUCGGAAGCACUGUCGAGUCCUUUGAUGGGGUUGUUUGAAAAGAGACGGGCAAAGAAUUUCCUGCAGUGGGUAGGCAAUUUCGAUGCAAACAAUCCUAGCACGCAUCAAGGUCUCAACAUACCAGCUUGCAGCAUGAAGGACGUCUACGACAAAUUCGGCCUCGAAGCCACCACCCGCGACUUCAUCGGUCACAGCAUGGCCCUCUACCAAUCCGACGAGUACAUCAACAACAAAGGACAAGCAAUGGAAACAAUAGAGCGCAUCCGUCUAUACGCCAACUCCAUGGCCCGAUACGGCAAAUCCCCAUACAUCUACCCACUCUAUGGUCUCGGCGAGCUCCCCCAAGGCUUCGCCCGACUCUCUGCCAUCUACGGCGGCACCUACAUGCUCAACACAUCCGUCGACGACAUCCUCUACGACGGCAACAAAGUCUCCGGCAUCAAGGCCACCAUGCUCGAGCGUGGCAACGAGGACCAAGCCAUGAAAUUUGAGACCAAGACCAAGAUGAUCCUGGGUGACCCAUCUUACUUCCCAGGCAAGACAAGGGUCACAGGUUACCUCCUCAAAUGCAUAUGUAUCCUCAACCACCCUAUCGAGCGCACCGCCGACUCCGACUCCCUCCAACUCAUCAUCCCUCAAAGCCAAGUUGGCCGCAAGCGCGACAUUUACAUCGCCAUGGUUUCAUCUGCACACAACGUCUGUCCCAAAGGGUACUACAUCGCGAUCGUGUCGACGAUAGCAGAGAGCAGCGCCAACCAUCACCUUGAGUUGCAGCCAGGUCUGGAUAGAUUGGGCAGAAUUGAGGAGAAGUUCAUGGGUCCACCGAUUCCGUUGUAUGAGCCUGUUGAGGAUGGUAGCAAGGAUGGCAUUUAUAUUAGCAAGUCUUAUGAUGCUACGUCGCAUUUUGAGACGACUACGGAUGACGUCAAGGACAUCUAUAGGAGAGCGACUGGGGAAGAGCUGAAGGUUGAGGGAUUGAGAGAGGGAUUGCAGGUGGCUGAUGAGUAG